AUGUCCAUACAAAGCUUUCGUGAAGCCGAAAACGCGACAGAAAAAAAGAAGAAGAAGAAGAAGAAAAAGCGAAGAGAAAAAAAGGACGAAAGACAGAGAGAAAGAGAAGCCGGAAGAGCGAAGAAGACCCCUGCAGGAGAGACGGCAGCUUCGAGUCCAGCAAAAGACGUGGUGAUUGAGUGGCUGUCCGGGAAAUGCAAGCUCGCGGAGAGCGGCAUGGGCUGGAAGCCAUCCGGCGGCGGCGACACCUUCACCCUCGACAAGAGCAAUAUCGGUGCUGCUGAAUGGAGCAGAGCGGCGAAAGGGUACGAGCUGAAGAUAGUCUCACGUACCUGUGGUGUUAUCCAGCUCGAUGGGUUCGAACAGGACGAGGCGGCGCCACAGGACUUCGACAGAGCCAGUAAAGCGUUCAAGAUAUGGUACGGUGUCAACCUCACAAACAGAGAACAUGCCCUGCGAGGCUGGAACUGGGGCAAGGCCGAGUUCGGUAAAGCAGAGCUCAGCUUCAACGUCCAGAACCGUCCUGCAUUCGAAGUCCCUUACUCGGAAAUAUCAAACACAAACCUCGCGGGCAGGAAUGAAGUCGCCGUUGAAUUCUUCCUGCCCACCGAUGAUGCAUCUACUGCCAAGGAACAGCCUGCGGGUAGCACCAAGAACAGAGGACGGAAGGCCGGCUUGGGCAGAGACGAGCUUGUCGAGAUGAGAUUCUACAUCCCGGGAACAGUCCCCAAGAAGGAAGAAGGCGACGAACAAGGUGAAGGCGAAGAAAACAAGAGUGCCGACGGCGAAGAGGAGGUUGAAGAGCAGAAUGCUGCCAAUUUGUUCUACGAGACGCUCAUGGACAAGGCAGAGAUUGGUGAUGUUGCCGGCGACACUUUUGCUACCUUCCUCGAUGUCCUGCAUCUUACUCCCAGAGGUCGGUUCGACAUGGACAUGUACGAAAGCUCAUUCCGACUCAGGGGUAAGACGUACGACUACAAGAUCCAAUAUCAAUCUAUCAAGAAGUUCUUCCUCCUUCCAAAGAACGAUGACACCCACACACUUAUUACUCUCGGUUUGGACCCGCCUCUCCGACAGGGCCAGACAAGAUACCCGUUCCUGGUCAUGCAGUUGAAGCUAGACGAUGAAAUCAGCAUUGAUUUAAAUAUGACCGAUGAGCUCCUUCAAACCCGAUACAAGGAUAAGCUUGAAGCUCACUAUGAGGAGCCCAUUCAUCAAGUCGUCACAAAGGUCUUCCGAGGACUCUCAGGAAAGAAGGUCAUCAUGCCAUCUAGAGACUUUGCCAGCGGUGUGAAAUGUUCAACCAAGGCCAACGAGGGUCUUCUAUUCUGUCUUGAUAAGAGCUUCAUGUUCGUCCCCAAGCCAGCCACAUACAUUCAAAUAGAAAACAUAUCAGUCAUCACCAUGUCCCGAGUCGGUGGUACAGUCUCAGCCAGCCGAACUUUUGACAUCACCAUGACUCUCAAGGGAGGACAGGGCGAGCAUCAAUUUAGCAAUAUCAAUCGUGAGGAACAGCAGCCACUAGAAGACUUCUUCAAGGCCAAGAACAUCCGGUUCAAGAACGAGAUGGUUGAAGAGGCAUCCACUCUCAUUGCUACUGCCCUCGAGAACGACCAGAUGAUGGACUCGAGUGAUGACGACGCCGGUGUCCAGGAGGACCGUGGCUCUGCAGCUGAAGACUCAGAGUCUCCCGACGAAGACUUCGUCGGAGACUCUGACUCCGAAGUGGCUGAAGAAUUCGACUCUGAACACGCGAGCAGCAGUGGGGAUAGCGACGCUGAAAUGGAUGAUGUUGAAGAAGAGCGGCCGAAAAAGAAGACCAAAGUUCAGAAAUAA